CAGCAUGCUGGGGCAAGGGGCCGAUCCCCGCCGUGCGGGGGGUGUGCCCAGCCUCCGGGGGUUAUGAAACCUCGCCGCCUGGCCCGCCCCCAAGCAGCUGGCAGGCUCCGACACACAGAGGAUGCUGAAGCCCAACAAACAAGCUCUCGCCUCCGGGCUGAAGCUGCCCAAGUGGACAGCGGUACCAAGCCAGGCUUCAGAUUAUGAAGUCCGGCAGUAUGAACCAGCUAAAUGGGUUGCAACUCCUGUUAAAUCAAUGGACUAUGAUUCAGCUGUCAGCACUGGCUUCAUGAAGCUCUUUAACUAUAUUCAGGGCAAGAAUGAGAAAGGGAUGAAGAUAGAGAUGACAGCUCCAGUAACAUGCCAUGUGGAACCUGGUGCAGGCCCAUUCUGCGAGUCCACUAUUACAGUCUCUUUUUAUAUACCAUCUGAUCAUCAAGCUGAUCCACCUAAGCCAUCAGAGUCAGAUAUUUUCAUUGAAAACAGACCAGAAAUGAUUGUGUUUGUCAGGUCCUUUGGAGGAUAUUCCAGUGCCACAAAGAACCAAGAAGAACUACUGACACUAGCAGAAAGUUUGAAGCGGGAUGGGAAAGUGUUUGAUGAAAAGGUCUAUUAUACUGCUGGCUAUGACAGCCCUUUUAAAUUGCUUAAUAGACACAAUGAGGUGUGGCUUAUCAAGAGAAAUGGAAACCCCAGCAAUCAAGAAUAGGAAACAAAAUGCUUUCUUGAGAGAUAGAAGUUGUUUAUUCAGACACUUUUUUUUUGCCUGGGAAUUGUAAGUACUUUUUUUAACAUCUAGACAGAUUAUAAUCUAUCAGAUUUCAAAUGUGCCUCUUCUAGAAUGACACUACCGUUUUUCCCCAUUCUGUCGAUGGUAUGAGACUGGUCACACUUUCAGUUAGAGUAGAAAGCCAUGAAAUUUUCUGUUUUCCUUCCACUUCACACCAUGUUCCCUAUUUCCCUCCCCUUAAAAUCCAUCUAGCACACAUCUAGAGAGGUUGCUACAGCAUAACACAAGGAACUCUUCCUAUGUAUUCUGUGGCCACACUCUUUACUGCAGACCCGAUCUCUCACCACAGAGCUGGGCUCCAAUUUAAGCUUUUAUUUAAAAAAAAAAAAAAAAAAGUCUGUAUCUGCAAUGGUUGUGUAGAAAACAAGAACUUCGUGUCUUUGCAACCAGCAGAAAAACAACAACUGAGGUUUGAAUGGCCUCAGUCAUCUCAGUGGGUUAUUACCUCAAAGAUGACAGUUUAAAUAUCAAUAUUAACUAUUUCAGUGCUAACAGAACUUUAGCACUAUCAUAGAAUCAUAGGACUGAAAGGGACCUCGAGAGGUCAUCUAGUCCAGUCCCCUGCACUCAAGGCAGGACUAAGUAUUAUCUAGUAGGCUGACUGGAGCAGCUGAGUUUGAACUUUGACAGCAUAUAGUGUGCCAGCACUGGACUGACAGUCCAUUUUUAUAAACCUUAAUUUGUUGCUUAUGACAGUUGUUGUAUUGGCAGCAGCAAGGACAGCAAGUCAUCUCGCCCCAGUGCAGGGCAAACUACUCUGUACUACCCUGCCAAUGCCUGACUAAUCCCCCUGUCUAUUUAAUCCUGGGCCUCUAUGCCAAGUCUGCCAGCAAGGAUGCCUGGUAUUGAGAAUUAUGCUGGCACCUGUGAAUUGUGGACGUUUCUUCACUGCAAGUUUAGCCGAGACCACUUACGCAUUUCUUGUUGGCCACUGAACAGCCAUCAUAUGGUAACAGCUUUACACUUGCUAGAGUAUAGAUAGUGAUACAACACACUCACACCUUGAUAGUAAUAGUUUGGUUAUUUUUAGCCUCAAAGCCUCCAAUAUUUGCCUUUUGAAAUACAUUGUUUGUUUUAUGGUACUAGUCCAGGCACUUGUAUAUCCAGUGUUAGUAUAUUCAAGUAAUAUCAAUUGUUACCUUUGCUUUUUACACUAGGACUGAUAUAUACUUUCAUGGUGACUACUGAUGCAUUGACUUUAAAAGCUUUUAUCCUUUGACUAUAUUAUCAGUCCAAAUUAGCAAAAGUAUGCAAGGCAAUUCACCAUCCUUAAGUCAGCCCAUUGUUGCAAUCUCCUGUUUGAGGAGAGCUGGUUAGGAGUGGCUUUAGAAUCCAUCAAAGCUGCUUCUAAAUUGACAUAAAAAGUAGCUGCAUGGAACUAGAAGCUCCCGCUAACCCCAGAAUCUUCACGCGCUCACAUUUUAAAAAAUGAAUCACUGUUCCAGAAGUUAAUUUCACUUACAGUAAAACAACAGAUAUAUUUGUUUAAAACCAUGUGUGUACAGGGUCCUUUCCAAGCCAAUUAGAAGCCGUAAGUUCUGCCCUGAGGAGUUUACAAUCUAUAUUAGACUGACAAUGAAGAGACCAUGGCAGAAAAGGGGAUUGGUCAGGAGACAACAGAAAAUAAUAGCAAGGGAUUGCUGCAGCUGCAUUAUUUUUUUUUUGCAGCGAGAAGAUCAGAUAAGCCUAUUUUGUUUCACUUCUUGUUUGCUAUAAGUUUUUUUUUUCCAAUUUAAAUUUCUGAGUUUCCUGAGCUUUUUAGUGUUCCUAAAAUUGUUAUUGCCACAGACAAAAAUUAAUCUGAGGUAUAAAUUUUAGAUCUAAUUUAUAAGUACAUACUUUUUAAACCUAUAUCUUUUGCUGGAUUUAUUUUCCUAUCUUGGUUCUACAGUAGUUAGGAUUUCUGUUGUCUAAUACAGUUCUAAAGUCUGGUUCAAUAGGGUAUAUAUUAUAUUAGAGAGGAAAGGAAUUAUAUGGUGGGAUAUUAUCUAUACAGAUUGGAAUUUGCUGGUAAAGGCCCUGAUCUCCCACUGAAAUUAAUGGAAUUUUGCCAUUGAUUUCACUGGGGAUUGGCCCCAAAAGGUUGUUUGAAAAAAAAGUCAUUGGAAUGUUUAUCAACAAAGUGCCUAAGUAAUUUGUGAGAAUGAAAUGUACUUUUUGCAUAAUGGAGUGCUAGAAAAUGUACUCUCCUUCAGAGCAAUAAAUUACCUGACACUUCGACCUUUA